CUCAAUAUGGCGUCAUCAGAUCUGGAAAGAAGGGCAAACGAAGCCUUCAUUGACGACCACUUCGACCUCGCGGUUGACCUCUACUCUCAAGCCAUCGCAGCCAACCCUAACAACGCCGCCGAGGUCUUCGCAGACCGGGCUCAGGCCAACAUCAAGCUCUCUAACUUCGCCGAAGCCGUCGCCGACGCAAACAAGUCAAUCGAACUGGACCCUUCAAUUGCCAAAGCUUAUUUGCGUAAAGGCAUUGCCUCCAUAAAGCUCAAGAAAUUCCAGUCCGCCAAGGAAGCCCUCCAAUUAGGCGCUUCCAUCUUACCCCAAGACCCGAGAUUCUCCAAAUUCAUCACCGAAUGCGAGAACCAUAUUUCAGAGGAAACUAAAAAGGCUGUGAAUUCCACAAAAUUAGCUGUUGAAAAAGCCGGGACGAAUUCGGUUUCUAAACCAAAAUUCAGGCAUGAAUUUUAUCAGAAACCAGAGGAAGUAGUUGUGACCAUAUUUGCAAAAGGGGUGCCAACAAACAAUGUGAGAGUGGAAUAUGGUGAACAAAUACUCAGUGUGACAAUCAAUAAGCCUAAUGAAGAGGUUUAUUCGUUCCAGCCUCGACUUUUCGGGAAAAUCAUUCCGGAAAAGUGUAGGUACGAUGUUCUUUCGACCAAGAUCGAAAUCCGGCUCGCGAAAGCGGAACCGAUUCAGUGGGCAUCCCUGGAAUUUGUUAACAGGGACAAUCUGGUGGUGCAGAGGGUUAACAAUAAUGCAUCAGGGAGACAGAGGCCGGCUUACCCUUCUUCCAGGGGAGGUAAAGAUUGGGAUAAGUUGGAGGCUGAAGUGAAGAAGGAGGAAAAAGAAGAGAAACUGGAUGGGGAUGCUGCGGUGAACAAGUUUUUCCGUGACAUUUACAAAGAUGUGGAUGAGGAUGCCAGACGGGCCAUGAUGAAAUCCUUUGUGGAGUCUAAUGGCACGGUUUUGUCAACCAAUUGGGAUGAAGUCGGUUCCAAGAAGGUUGAGGGGAGUGCUCCCGAUGGCAUGGAGUUGAAGAAGUGGGAAUAUUGA